AUGGGCUGCCCGGCCCUCCUGCUCCUGCUUCUGCCUCUCCUGGCACCCGAGGCCACCAGCGCCGUCCGCCCAGCACCGACAGUCCUCGGUAACCGCCUACACUUGCCAACCAGCCCCACGUCCCGCCCCGCGGCAGCCCAAAACUACUCCGUUCUUUACUUCCAUCAGAAGGUUGAUCAUUUUGGAUUUAAUACUGUCAAAACUUUUAAACAACGAUACCUAAUAUCUGAUAAAUACUGGAAGGAACAUGGUGGAUCAAUACUUUUCUACACUGGUAAUGAAGGGGACAUUAUUUGGUUCUGCAAUAAUACGGGGUUCAUGUGGGAUGUGGCUGAGGAGCUGAAAGCUAUGUUAGUGUUUGCUGAACAUCGAUACUAUGGAGAAUCUCUUCCCUUUGGUGAGGACUCAUUCAAGGAUUCCCAAAACUUGAAUUUCCUGACAUCAGAACAAGCUCUGGCUGAUUUUGCAGAGUUAAUCAAACACUUGAAAAAAACAAUCCCAGGAGCUGAAAAUCAGCCUGUCAUUGCGAUAGGUGGCUCUUAUGGUGGCAUGCUUGCAGCCUGGUUCAGGAUGAAAUACCCUCACUUGGUAGUUGGAGCUCUUGCAGCUUCUGCCCCUAUCUGGCAGUUUGAGGAUUUGGUUCCUUGUGGUUUGUUUAUGAAGAUAGUAACUGAAGACUUUAGGAAAAGUAACUCAAAUUGUUCAGAGAGCAUCCGCAGGUCCUGGGCUGCCAUUGACCGACUUGCAAGUACAAGCAGUGGUCUGCGGGGGCUUUCUCAAAUGCUUCGCCUAUGUAGCCCCUUAACUUCUGAGGACAUCGAACGUUUGAAAGACUGGAUUACUGAAACCUGGGUGAAUCUGGCCAUGGUGGACUACCCUUAUGAGUCUAACUUUUUACAGCCUUUGCCUGCUUGGCCUAUCAAGGUAGUGUGCCAGUUUUUGAAUAAUCCUGAUGUAUCUGAUUCUCUGAUGCUGGAGAAUAUUUUCCAAGCUCUGAAUGUGUAUUAUAAUUAUUCAGGCCAGGUAAAAUGCCUGAAUAUGUCUGAAAUAGCAACUAGCAGUCUGGGAUCACAGGGUUGGAGUUAUCAGGCCUGCACAGAAAUGGUCAUGCCCUUUUGUAGUAAUGGUGUUGAUGACAUGUUUGAACCUCAGCAGUGGAACUUGAAGAAAUUUUCUGAUGACUGUUUCAGCCAGUGGCAUGUGAGACCAAGGCCCUCCUGGAUCACUACCAUGUAUGGAGGCAAAAACAUCAGUUCACACACAAACAUUGUUUUCAGCAAUGGUGACCUGGACCCCUGGUCAGGAGGUGGAGUAACCAAAGACAUCUCAGAUACCCUGGUUGCAGUCAUCAUCCCCCAGGGGGCUCAUCAUUUAGAUCUCCGAGCCAACAAUGCCUAUGAUCCAAAGGCCUUGCUAUUAGCCCGCUCAUUGGAAGUUAAAUACAUGAAGCAGUGGAUCAGAGAUUUCUAUAAACCUUCCAGAAGGCGGCACUGAGCAACUCUUGAUAGUUUUUCCUUUCUUCUUUUAUGUUCACUCCUCCACUCACAUUCCCAUUCAUUACUUGAAAUUUCUUUCUCUCCUGUGUUAAUAGAUCUGGUGGGGCUGAGGUUGAGAUAGAAGAGAGUACUAGAGAUGAGAGCAACCAUCCCACCAGUGUGAUUGCCUCCACCCUCACUGUCUUUGUGCCACCUCCGGGAAGAAUGUCAUCAUGGCAACUCCCACACCAUCAGCGGCCUCAGAACUGGAGCAGAGUUCCCGAAUGUCUUUCAUAAGAGGGAGGAUCACUUCCUUUGUCUCUCUGCAGGCAGGGAUUUACUUUCUCCUUAAUUUUGAGGUCAAAGUCUCUCCAGCCCAUUUGUAUGUCCUCAUUCCAACCCUCCAAAAAGGAAAGCAGAAGGUGGAUAUAAAUGACGUAAGUGCAGCUGGUAGGAAGGAUGUUGGAUGCCAAUCCAGGAAAUGGAGGCCAUUUCUUUUGUACUUGAUUUAAUGACUUUGAACUAUGCUGUAAAUAAAGAAUGAGGCUGGACCUUCU